AUGGCAAAUAAGCUGAACCUGUUUUUUAACAGGUUUUAUUCCACCCCCGUUCCCUCCCCCAACCACCAGAGCCCAGACCAGACGGCGUUGCCUCUCAGCACCCCCUCCCUCCCCAGUGCAUCCCUGACACCAGCGGCUCUGUCCUCCUACCACUUCACCCCCCUACAAUCCACAUCACAGACCACUGACCCAGCUCCCAACCUCACCCAACAGGAGCCACCCGCUGUCCCCCACCCGGGGAAGCUGGAAGGAGCCGGAGUAGACUGCCACCUGGUUGCUUGGACCAUCGACUACCUCACCAACAGACCGCAGUAUGGUAAUAUUUGCGACUGUGUGUCGGAUGUGGCAGUUUACAGCACCGGGGCUCUGCAGGUUUCCUCUUCCUCCUUCACGGAGCCAACACUGUGUGUGACGGUGCCUCGCUGGUUCGCAGUGUGCCCAGGUCCGGUCUGGGCUGUCUCCCUCGGGCUGCCAUCGCUGGUAGAGUUUGGGCCGCGGACUUCUUCCUCCUGCUACUACGACACCUUGAUCCUGCUCUCCAUGCGCGGCCAUCGCUCACCGCGGAGGACAAGCACACCUUCCACAGUAUGUGUUUUAUUGUAUGUUUUCCUCGGCUCAUUGUCUGCUGUCACAAUAUGUGGAAACCUUCUUGUAAUAAUCUCCAUCAUUUACUUCAAACAGCUCCACACUCCUACAAACUCUCUCAUCCUUUCCUUGGCAGUAGCUGACCUGCUUGUUGGGCUUGUAGUUUUUCCUUUCAACAUGGAAUUGUCUGUAACUUCAUGUCUGUUCUUUGAAGAUGUGUUGUGCAAAGUACGAGAGAGCUUUGAUGGAACGCUGAGUACAGCUUCCAUUUUACAUUUGUGCUGUAUUUCAAUUGACAGAUAUUAUGCAGUGUGUCACCCUCUGACAUAUAGAAUGAAGAUAAAUGUUCAUGUUGUUGUCAUCAUGAUUGUGGUGAGCUGGGGUGUUUCACUUCUAUUUGUCUUUGGCUAUUUAAUUGUUGGAAUAAGUCUUGAAAAAUGCAAACAAAAUUGUUUUACUAAUUCUCUGCUUGCAAACAUUUCAGGACCCAUUUUCUCAUUUUAUCUCCCAGUGAUUUUAAUGCUCUGUAUCUACCUGAAGAUUUUCCUUGUUGCACAGAGACAGGUACGCAGCAUCCAGGGAACAAAGUCUGGAGCCACUGCCAGUAAGAUGGAGAGAAAAGCCACUAAAACUCUGGCAACUGUAAUGGGAGUGUUUCUGAUGUGCUGGUCUCCUUUAUUUCUCUAUUUUUUCUUUCUGGUAUUGAAUCAUGUGUCAGUGUCAUUUGCUGUGAUUGAAAGUCUUAACUGGCUUGCACUCUCAAACUCAAUGCUCAACCCAUUUAUUUAUGCUUUCUUUUACAGCUGGUUCAGAUCAGCUUUCAGAUUGAUUAUAUCUGGAAAAAUAUUUCAAGGUGAUUUUUCCAACUCAAAACUGCAUUGA